AUGACUUCGAAGAAUUCAUACCGCAUUGCCUCUAUCCCAGGCGAUGGCAUCGGUCCCGAAGUAGUCAGUGCUACUAUCCAGGUCAUCGAGAAACUUGCAAAGACCCUUGGUACAUUCGAUAUCAACUUUGAGCAUAUCCCAUGGGGAACCGAGUACUACAAGCAAACCGGACGAUACGUAUCUGAAGAUUAUCUCGACAGUAUACGCCAGUACGAUGCCAUCCUAUUCGGUGCCGUUGGAUCACCCGACGUACCCGAUCACAUCUCACUCUGGGGCCUACUCCUAGCCCUCCGCGGCCCACUCCAGCUAUACGCAAACGUCCGACCAGUCCGCACCUUCCCAGGAACCAAAUGCCCCCUCACCACAGCAACCAACGGCAUCGACUGGAUGCUCGUACGCGAGAACUCCGAAGGCGAGUACGCCGGACAAGGCGGACGGUCCCACGUCGGACAGCAAUGGGAAGCCGCGACAGAAGUGGCUGUAUUCACGCGUGUGGGCAUCGAGCGGAUUAUGCGAUUCGCAUUUGAGACAGCGCGAUCACGGCCGCGUAAGCUCCUGACCGUCGUCACGAAGAGUAACUCCAUGCGCAAUGGGAUGGUGUUGUGGGAUGAAGUUGCUGCGUCUGUCGCGCGGGACUUCCCCGAUGUCAAGUGGGAUAAGAUGCUUGUUGAUGCGAUGACUGUUCGGAUGGUGGCGAAGCCGCAGUUGAUUGAUACCGUUGUCGGGACUAACUUGCAUAUGGAUAUCUUGUCGGAUCUUGCGGCUGCGCUGGCGGGGUCGAUUGGUGUUGCGCCUUCUAGUAACUUGGAUCCAACGCGCAAGAGUCCGUCGAUUUUUGAGCCGGUUCAUGGUAGCGCUUUUGAUAUUAUUGGGAAGGGGGUUGCGAAUCCGGUUGCUACUUUUUGGUCGGCGGCGGAGAUGCUCGUCUGGAUUGGGGAGAAGGAUGCUGCUGCCCAACUGAUGGGCUGUGUGGAACGGGUCUGUGCCGCGGGGAUUCUGACUCCAGACCUGGGGGGAAGUUCUGACACUCAGGGGGUUGUGGAUGCUGUUUGUUUGGAGGUUGAGAAGUUGUGA